AUGGUGACGGAGGGGGUUAACGAGCGGGAGCGCGGUCGGUCUCCAUGGCCUGUCUCCCAGCCCCUGGGUCUGACCUCAGUCCGAGCCCUCCCAGGGCUUUCUCUGUCCUUGUCCCCUCCUCCAGGUCUCGGCUCCAUCCCUUCGGUCCUCAGGAAGAAGACUUGGGUGGAUGGGUGGGGGGCAGAGAGGGCAGGAAGGAGCCUCACAGUAUGCCUGCCAUCCAUCCCGCAGCCGGAGGAAGAAGCCUCGCGGUGUGCUGGCCUUGCCGCCGGUGGCACCACCAUGGGGGAACUGGGCCUGGGCCUGGAAUUUCACACGUGGCACCAGUUCAGCAGCUUCUUUGAUGACUGGUGUGAGCGGCACAAGGUGCUGUUCAUCAUCGCCAGCCUCAAGCCACUGAUCUCUCUGCGCCAGCCUCCACUGUCUUACCUACCCAGCCUGGCCACGACCCUGCGCUUCCGCUUUGUGCGCCUCAUCUGCAAGCACAGUGGCACCUAUGUGGGGCAGAGCGUUGUGCAGCGAGACCAGCAAAGCCAGAAGAUUGACUGCCCAGCCCUCAUCACCCUCCGCCUGGGCCCCAAGAAGGAUCGGUUGGUGGUGACCGAGGCCAGACUGCAGCACAACCAUCAGCUCUCACCCAGGGAGUUCUCCCGAUGCUUCAAGCGCCGCCAGCUGGAGGCCAGCCUGGGCCUGCCCAUCCGGAUCACCAACAGCGUCUCCAAGCGCUUCCUGGCUCCUGACCUUGUCUGGAACCUGGAGGACUACAGCCGAGCCAAGGACAAGGGCAUGUGCAAGCUGCUUGGGGAGAUGCACACGCUCUUUCGGGCUGACCCAGGGGCCAAGGUCAAGCUGGUCUUCCAGGAGGAUGUGGCCAUCCUCAACUCCAUCUUCUUGGCCACAUCGCACAUGCGUCAGCUGGCACGUUCCUUCCCCCGCCUCCUUUUUUUGGACCAGGCCGCCAGCCUGCCUGGAGACUUUGAGCUGUACUCUGUCCUUUGCCAGGAUGCCAAUGGGCGAGGCCGUGAGGUGGCCUAUUGCCUUGCCCGCAGAGGCACGCCGGACUUGCUAGUCUUCAUUGUGGCCUCUUUGGUGCAGAGUGUCCCUGAGAUCAAGGCCCUGGUGGAGUGUCUUACCAUUGGUGUGUCCUGCCUUGUAGGUGUGGAUACUGUGGAGGAGGUCUUACCCUGUGCUCGAGUGCAAGUGUGCCGAGCUCAGGUCCUGGAGGCCCUGGGGCGCAGGGCCCGAGAGUUGACUGUGCCAGGGGAGCGGCACAUUGUCAACCUCCUGCACAACCUGGCCCACGCGGCCUCCCCUAAGGUCUACAGCCAGUAUCUCAGUGACCUGGAAGAUGUGGCCCCCCUAGAGUUCCUCCGCUACUUCCUGGAGACCUGGCAUCCACACAAAGGGGCCUGGGUCGCCUGCUGGGCGUACCACCGUGGGGAUAGCUGCCCCUUUGUGGACCACCUCGAGGCUCACAGGCAGAAGCUGCUACCUGCCCUGGCCCGGGAUUCCUCUCUGGCGGGCUCUGUUCGGGGCCUGCUGGACCUUGAAAGCCUGCCUGUGGAACUUCAGGGGUUGCAGGCUGAAGAGGUGGCUGAGCGCUACCAGGCAGUAGGACCUGAGGAGGUGGCAGCCCUGGUGGCUGAGGAGCUGGCGCUGGCCCGCCAUGGUGGGGGCAUCCAGCCAGCAGAGGGUGGGGGCUUUGUGUUGGAGGGUACAGGCCGGGGAGCUACCUUUACUGUGGGGGCUGACCUGGCCUCCUGUAGCUGCUCUAUUUUCACAGCUGGCCACCGGCCCUGCCGUCACAUCUUUGCUGCCCGCCUCUGGGCAGGGAAGGCUCUCUUUGAUGUCAGCCUUCUGCCCCCUGUGGGUGGUGACGAUGGGUAAGGCUAUUCCCUGGGACCAUGGUAGGACCUCUCUUUUUGGUAGCUCCCACAGUAGAGAGGGCAGAAGAAAAAGUCACAGGUUUGCCUUCUUUUUUUCCCCCUGCCCCUCAGACCUGGACUGGCCUGGGAAGGAGGGAACCCAUCAGGCUGGCAGGGUGGGUGCCUGCCAUGGGGACCAGGGAAAAGGAGGUGCAGUUUGUAUGUUUCCUGGCAAGAAUAAAACACAUUCUGUGGGGUGUCCUACCUCCCA